GGGCUUUGGGGGAAGGAGCACCACCACCUCUGACUGGAGGGGGUCCAGGGGAAAAAGCGCUCUCACCAAAGACGCUGGGUCCUUCUGCCUCCAUGAGCCUCUGAGCAGACCAUCCUCCCUGGCCUCACUUGUCCCCUCUUGUCAAUGGGGACGGUUAACCAUCUCUGGUGGUUGGGUGAGGGAGGAGGAAGAGCAGAUAAGGGCCCAGAUCCUGGGGGAGGGGAGGAGACAGGUCCUGGCUUGGUGGGAGGAGGGCCUGCCCCUACCCCGCUGUGUCCCUCCAGUCCCCACCCCCAGCCCAGAGGCCUCCUGCUUCUCUGUCUUGCUUCUGCUUUUCCAGACUCAGGUGAAACCAUCCCAAGGUCUCCCGGCCCCUGAGCUGGGGAGUGAAGGCCGGAAGUUUGGGGAGCCUCUAAGGGCCUGCCUUCUCUUCUCUUCCCCCAGCAUAGGGAGUUCCCCUUCUCUGGGCUCAGGAUGGGGCUGGGUGUUCAGAGAUCUGCUUCCAGUCUCACACCCAUGUGAGCCUGGCAGUCAGGCCACCUUGCUCUGGGCCACAGUGACCCCAUGUGUCACAGGCAGGGGCGUGGGCCCAGGGCCUGCCUGCCAGUGCCGUCCUGAGGCCUGUGGGGCUGAUGGGCCAGGAAUCUGAGCUCCAGCACUUCCCGUUCUUGGGGCCAGACUAGGCUGCCCCUCCCCGGGUGCAAUGAGGAUUUGGAGGGUGGGCAGAAGAGAGAAGCUGCGCCCUAGGUCCCAAAGCUGGACCUGGGGUGGCUCCCCUGACCCCCCUCCAGUUUCGACCGCCCUGUCUCAGGGCAUAGCCCUGGGUGGAGGAGGAAAAGCCUUGUAUCCUAUUCCCGCCCCAUGGAAUGUGCUCUGACUGGGAUGAGGCAGACAGGCCACCCAGGGCGGGCCCCACCUGGGAGAGGCACACGAAGCAACUGGGGUCCAGGUGCCCUGCUGGUGGGCCAGGAAGAGACAGGGGGCCCCUAACCUGGGCCAGCCCAGCAGAAGCUCUCCCUUCCCACAGCACCCCGGAGACGGCCGGGUUCCUGGGUGAGGACCUACUGCAGGUGGAGCAGCGGCUGGAGCCAGCCAAGCGAGCAGCCCACAAUGUCCAUAAGCGGCUGCAGGCCUGUCUGCAGGGCCAGAGCGGGGCAGACAUGGACAAGCGAGUGAAGAAGCUGCCCCUCAUGGCUCUGUCCACCGUGAUGGCCGAGAGCUUCAAGGAGCUGGACCCUGACUCCAGCAUGGGGAAGGCUCUGGAGAUGAGCUGCGUCAUCCAGAACCAGCUGGCCUGCAUCGUGGCCGAGUUUGAGAUGGUCCUGGAGAAGGAUGUCCUGCAGCCUCUCAGCAGGCUGAGUGAGGAAGAGCUGCCAGCCAUCCUCAAGCGCAAGAAAAGCCUGCAGAAACUGGUGUCCGACUGGAACACUCUCAAGAGCAGGCUCAGUCAGGCAGCCAAGAACUCAGGUGGUGGUCAAGUCCUAGGAGGCGUACCCAGCAGUUACAGCCACAUCACCGCAGCCAACAAGGUGGAGACACUGAAGGAGGAGGAGGAGGAGCUCAAGAGGAAGGUGGAGCAGUGCAAGGAUGAAUACUUAGCCGACCUGUACCACUUUGCCACCAAGGAGGACACAUAUGCCAACUACUUCAUCCAUAUCCUGGAGAUCCAGGCUGAUUACCAUCGCAAGUCCCUGAGCUCCUUGGACACGGCCCUGGCUGAGCUGAAGGAGAACCACAGUCAAGCAGACCCCUCCCCCUCGAUGAUGGCCACCCCCUUCUCCAGGGUGUAUGGGGUGUCACUGGGAACCCACCUGCAGGAGCAGGGCCGGGACAUCGCCCUGCCCAUCGAGGCCUGCGUCGUGAUGCUGCUCUCUGAGGGCAUGAAGGAAGAGGGCCUCUUCCGCCUGGCCGCCGGGGCCUCCGUGCUGAAGCGCCUCAAGCAGACGAUGGCCUCGGACCCCUGCAGCCUGGGGGAGUUCUGCUCUGACCCCCAUGCCGUCGCAGGUGCCCUCAAGUCCUAUCUGCGGGAACUGCCAGAACCCCUGAUGACCUUUGACCUCUAUGACGAUUGGGUGAGGGCAGCCAGCCUGAAGGAGCCAGAGGCCCGGCUGGAGGCCCUCCAAGAGGUGUGCAGCCGCCUGCCCCGUGAGAACCUCAGCAACCUCAGGUACCUGAUGAAGUUCCUGGCCCGGCUGGCCGAGGAACAGGAGGUGAACAAGAUGACACCUAGCAACAUCGCCAUUGUCCUGGGGCCCAACCUGCUGUGGCCGCCCGAGAAAGAAGGGGACCAGGCUCAGUUGGAUGCAGCCUCAGUGUCUUCUAUCCAGGUGGUGGGUGUGGUCGAGGCUCUGAUACAGAACGCAGACACCCUUUUCCCUGGAGACAUCAACUUCAACAUAUCAGGCCUGUUCUCGGCCCUCACCCCCCAGGACAAGGUCAGCAACAGGCCGGCCUCUGAGGAACUUCCAACCGUUGUCAUCCCCACCCCCGCCACCACCCCAGCUCCAGCUCUGGCUCCGGCCCCAGCCCCAGCCCCGACCCCAGCCUCAGUAGCCACCAAGGAAAGGAUGGAGUCUGAGGCACCCCCCAGACCAGCCUCCCCCAAGGUCAACAGGAGCCCCCCAGAGGCAGCUGCCCCAGCAGAGGAAAUGACUCGGAGAGUCAAGCGCCAAGCACCUGCCCGGCCCAUCAUGCCGCCCCCCCAGGUCUCCAGCACCCGCUCUUCCCCUCCAGCCCCACCCCUGCCCCCUGGCUCUGGCAGCCCUCUGACCCCCCAGGCUCUGCCCCGCCGGCUGGUUGGCAGUAGCCUCCGGGCUCCCACGGUGCCACCCCCGUUGCCCCCUGUGCCUCCCCAGCCUGCCCGGCGCCAGAACCGGUGUUCACCAGCCUCCCCAAGCCCAGCCUCCCCAGGUCCAGCCUCCCCCAGCAUUCCUGUGCAGGGGGACCUGGGGGUGGCCACAGAGGAGGGAGGGGCCCCUGAGGCUGUGGGUAGGGUCACUGCUCCACCAGCUGUUCCCCCUCAGCCACGGCCCAGGAGCCUUGCCACAGAGACUGACUGAGCUGGUGGCUCUUUCCUAACCAGCCCCUCGGUACCCCCUUCCUCCUCACCUUGUCCUCCCAGGACACAGCACUUGCCACUCCCAAAGGGUGAGGGCCUUCAGCCUUUGCCUACAAGUGCCUCAGUGACCCCUCUGGGCUGGCCUCCGUGGCGAAGAGGACUCAGGACAGUUCCCUCGCCACUUCCAGACUGUCUCCUUUUCCACGCUGGGCUUAGGGGGGCCCCAGGCCUGACUCCACACUUUGGCAGGGGAACGUCAGAAGGAAGGGGAGGCUUGUCUGCUCCCACAGGACUUUUAUUUUUCUCUUGCCGAUGUAUUUUUUAUAAGGCUGGUAAAUAAAUUAUUUUGGACAAAACUGGAGCAGCAGCCCAAAUGAUAGUUUUAUUUUCUGUCCUUGAAAUAAAGAAGCCAUUUUCAUAAAGGCAAAACAAUUACAGAUUCUUUGCCUCCUUUCUUUCUUCCUGCCUGAAAUACUAACAAGUCAGCGUUUUUAGCACUUACUAUAUACGCCACACUGUACUUUUAUGUGCAUCAUUUCCAUCUAAUCUUCUCCCUGUGAAGUAGAUACCAUUGCCUCUUUUUACAGGGGAGGAGACAGGCUCAGAAAGAAAUGUCCUGCCCAGGUCACAUGGGUUAGGACCCAGGUCUGACUAAGUCCCAAGCCUCAUAUCCUGGGCAGCUUACACUCUUGGUGCCCCCGUUUUCUCAUCUGUGAGGUAAUGUAACAAUUUCCACCUCUCGGUGCUGUUCCAGGAGUCCCUGGGUGGCACAAAUGGCUAGGCAGCUGAUUGCUACCCGAAAAGUCCUGGGGGUUAGAACUCACCCAGAGGCACCUUGGGAGACAGACCUGGUGAUCUGCUUCCGAAAGGUCACAGCCUUGGAAACCCUAUGGAGCAGUUCUACUCUGCACACGUGGGGUCACCAUGAGUUGGAAUCAACUAGACGGCAGCUAGCAACAAGUGUUCUGAGGGUUAAGUGAAACGCUCUAUUUACAGACCAAAGCACCACCCUUGGCACACAGAAGUGCUCAGUAAACGUGGGCUGCUGCUGCUGCUGCUGUUUCUCCCACCCAGCUGUGCACCCAGGGAGGGCACAAAUAGAUCUGUCCACAAACCCUCCGUGGUGAGAGCUGCUCUGGCCAGAACCUGGGCUAGG